AUGUGUUACAGAAGUAAGAAGCUGAACGGGUCUCUGGAGCAGCCGGACCAUCCCGACCUGGACGCCAUCAAGAUGUUUGUGGGACAGAUCCCCAGGUCCUGGUGCGAGGAGCAGCUGAGAGAACUGUUCGAGCCGUACGGGGCGGUCUACGAGAUCAACGUGCUCCGCGACCGCAGCCAGAACCCACCGCAGAGCAAAGGCUGUUGUUUCGUCACCUUUUACACUCGGAAAUCAGCUCUGGAAGCACAGAACGCUCUGCACAACAUGAAGAUCCUCCCUGGGAUGCACCAUCCGAUCCAGAUGAAGCCGGCGGACAGUGAGAAGAACAAUGCAGUGGAAGACCGAAAGCUCUUCAUUGGAAUGAUCUCCAAGAAAUGUAACGAGAACGACAUCCGCCUCAUGUUCUCGCCGUACGGACAGAUCGAGGAGUGUCGCAUCCUGCGGGGCCCGGAUGGACUCAGCCGAGGUUGUGCUUUUGUCACGUUCACGGCUCGACAGAUGGCCCAGUCUGCCAUCAAGUCCAUGCACCAGUCGCAGACCAUGGAGGGAUGCUCCUCGCCCAUCGUGGUGAAGUUUGCAGACACUCAGAAGGACAAAGAGCAGAAGCGGCUGGCCCAGCAGCUGCAGCAGCACAUGCAGCAGCUCAGUGCUGCCUCCCUGUGGUCAAACCUGACUGGCCUCAGCAGCAUGGGCCCACAGUAUUUAGCUUUGCUGCAGCAGUCAGCCUCCACGGCCAACGGACUCAGCAGCAUGCACUCGUUCUCUGGUUUCAAUGCCAUCCAAAACCUGGCAGCCUUAGCAGCAGCAGCCAGCGCCACACAAGCCUCACAGUCGAGUUCAGGCUCUAUGACGAGCUCUAGCAGCCCCAUGUCCAUGUCCACCACAGGUUCUUCUCCCAGCUCCAGCAGCAGCUCCGCGGUGAACCCCCUGACGUCUUUAGGAGCCCUGCAGUCUCUGUCCUCCGGCUCUGGCCUCAACAUGGGCUCCCUCACAGGCAUGUCAGGUCUUAGCAGCUCCCUGUCCUCCAGCAGCCUCUCCGGGGGGCUAUCUGGAGGGUUAUCUGGAGGCCUGUCUGGAGGCCUGUCUGGAGGCCUGUCUGGAGGCCUGUCUGGAGGCCUGUCUGGGGGCCUGUCUGGGGGCCUGUCUGGUGGUCCUGGCUGCAGCAUGGAGGCCCUGAGCCAGGCAUACUCAGGCAUCCAGCAGUACGCAGCCGCCGCCCUGCCCAGCCUCUACAACCAGAGCCUCCUGUCCCAGCAGAGCAUCUCCGCCGCAGGAAGCCAGAAGGAAGGUCCAGAAGGCGCAAACCUGUUCAUCUACCAUCUGCCACAGGAGUUUGGAGACCAGGACCUUCUGCAGAUGUUCAUGCCCUUUGGAAACGUAAUCUCCGCCAAAGUGUUCAUCGACAAACAGACCAACCUCAGCAAGUGUUUCGGUUUCGUGAGUUAUGACAACCCAGUGUCAUCCCAGGCAGCGAUUCAGUCCAUGAACGGUUUUCAGAUCGGCAUGAAGAGACUCAAAGUCCAGCUCAAGCGCUCCAAGAACGACAGUAAACCCUACUGA